CGACAAACUAUUAAAAAGUUCAUUAGAAUGAUGAGUAUUUUAAUAAUCGAACACAUGAAUGAUAUAUUUAGAACAACGAAACGUUUACUGGCAGUGGUGCUUGUUCUUAUGUAUUUGGGGUUGUUAAAAAAUUUUUGGGCAUAACGACGACUAACGGCACGAAUUGAACAUUGUCAGUUCACAAAAAGUUUAAGAAGCAUAAUGUCCAAAAAAAAGGUGUCGUAUUUUUUCAAUCCAGACGUUGGAGACUUUCAUUAUGGACCAUUUCACCCUAUGAAGCCCCACAGGCUCUCAGUUAUAAAUAGUUUGAUUUUAAAUUAUGGUCUUCAUAAACAUAUGCAGAUUUACAGGCCUUAUAAAGCUACUGUAUAUGAUAUGUGUAGAUUUCAUUGUAAUGAAUACAUAGAUUUUCUCCAGAAAGUUACUCCACAAAAUAGUGAAUCUUUAAAUAAGCAACUAAUUCACUAUAACAUGGGUGAUGAUAGCCCUGUAUUCGAUGGCCUUUUUGAUUUUUGUUCAAUGUAUACAGGCGCUUCUCUUGAAGGUGCCAUAAGAUUGAAUAACAAUGAUUGUGACAUUGCAAUCAACUGGUCAGGAGGUUUACAUCAUGCUAAAAAAUUUGGGGCUUCAGGUUUUUGCUAUGUUAAUGACAUAGUUAUUGCAAUUUUGGAAUUACUGAAAUACCAUCCAAGAGUCUUGUACAUUGACAUUGAUGUUCAUCAUGGCGACGGUGUUCAGGAAGCUUUUUAUGUGACUGACCGAGUUAUGACAGUUAGUUUUCACAAAUAUGGCAAUGGUUUCUUCCCUGGCACAGGAGAUAUGUAUGAAAUAGGAGCAGAGAGUGGUCGGUACUAUUCUGUAAACGUUCCUUUGAAAGAAGGUAUCGAUGACAUGAGCUAUUGGCAUGUAUUCAAACCAGUUAUAUCAAACGUAAUGGAGUUUUAUCAACCCACUGCAAUUGUUUUACAGUGCGGUGCUGACUCACUGGCUAUGGAUAGGUUAGGAUUGUUUUCUUUGAGCACCAAGGGCCAUGGUGAAUGCGUCAAAUUCGUGAAGAACUUCAGGGUGCCAACUUUGGUUGUAGGUGGUGGCGGAUAUACAUUGAGAAAUGUAGCUAGAUGUUGGACAUACGAAACAUCAUUACUUGUAGACGAACAAAUAUCAAAUGAACUACCAUUUACAGAAUACCUUGAAUAUUUUGCUCCAGAUUUUACUUUGCAUCCAGAAAUAGUGACAAGAAUAGACAAUGCUAAUAGCAAACAAUAUUUGGAAGCAAUAACGAAAUACACUUUCGACAAUUUAAAAAUGUGUCAGCAUUCGCCCAGUGUACAAAUGCAUGAUGUUCCGGGUCCAGCCUUUACCGAAGACGAGAAAUCGAAAGAAGAAGAUGACCCUGAUGUUAGAAUAAGUCAGGAUUUGGAAGAUAAAUUAGUCGAUGCAAAAAAUGAGUUUUAUGACGGUGAUGAAGACAAUGAUAAAGAAGAUGUGAAAGUGUAAAGUGUAUGUGGGUGUAGGCUUGGUAAUUUUUCAUGUAGUUUAAUUAGUGUCAAUUACUCACAUGAAAAAUUAUUGGGUGAUAAUUUAAUUGGAUUACCCAAAACACAAGUUAUAUCCAAUAUGACAAAUAGUUCAGUAUUAUUGCAAAUAUUUCCAUCAUAUGUAUUCAUAUUUUAUAUGCAUUUUCAGUUCUUAAAAUUCAGUGACUUUCAAAGACAAAGAAACUCAUUAUAUACAACUUUAUACAAAAAUAUCUCCUCUCGGACUGAAAAACAUGUUGAUAUCUUUAAAAAAAGGAAAUGUUAAUUUCCUCAUACAGAAGUUUCCUCAAAGUUAGUUCACACGUUGGUUGUCGUUUCGGUCAUUUUUUUGCAAAUAUUUUACUAUAAUUCAAUUCCAUAAUAGAAGGCACUGAAUUCUCAGAAAUAUUAUAGCAUCAAAACGAAAACAUUGUUGUCAAGUUUGUGAUUCUAUAUAUUUCAUUAUCAUUUUUCCUCAUAUGUAAUUUCCUCAGUAAUUUAUGAGAGUUUACUGCCUUCUAUUUUCGAACUACAGUAUAGAAAUAAGGAAGUUCGCAAGUGUUGAUUAUUAAAUUGGUUUCAGCGCUACGGUAGGCAACGUGUUGAAUACAUUAUGAGACUUCACAAUAAGAUACUUUACAUUUGUUAAUCAAUAAAAAACUUCAUAAAUUCAAA